AUGAAUUUCUCACAGGAUCGGUUCGAUGCGGAGGCGUACGCGGAGGAGCAGAUGGAGGAGAACGACGAAUGGGAGGUGCGGCGGCUGGCACAGGAGCUGAUGGAGUUCAGGCGAGUGUCAGCAGAGGAGAUGCGGAGGAGCGUGUAUGCCAACUACCCCGCCUUCAUACGCACGUCGAAGCAAAUAUCCGCCUUUCAGGUGCAGCUGAAGCGCAUGCGCGAGAUGCUGACGCUCAACACCGCGCUCAUCCACUCCCUCGCGGAGAAGGGCAGCUGCCAGAGCCGCACCAUCGCACUCUCGCUCUUCGCCCACUCCUCGCCGCACCACAGCAGACGCAGGUCUGAAGGCGGGGGGAUUCACGAUGAUGGGUCCGACUCUAGCCAUACGCCGGACCAUUCUGUGCAUUCCUCUCCCCCUGUAACCCCGCAUGCGGGUUGGCAUGGGGCCGGGGCGAAGGAGAGUGGUCAGGUGUGGGCUGUUGGGAGCAUCGGGAGUGGGGUUAUGGUGAAGGAUGGAGAGGGGGGAGGGGAGGUGAGGCUGAGAAGGAGAAGGACGAGGGGGAGGGAUGGGGAGGGGUGGGAGGAGGAGGAAGAGGAGGAGGAUGGGAUGGAGGAGGGGUGGGAUGAGGAGGAGAGGGAGCCGACGGAGAUGGAGCGGUAUGCGGAGGCGUUACCGGAUGUACUGGAUGGGCUUAUAACGGAGCAGAAAAUUGAUCAGGCGAUUGAGUUGCUGGAGCAGGGGCAGCAAAUGGCGCAGCUCUCGUUACAGUCACAUGAGCGGAGGAGGAACGAGGAGGGGGAGUUUGCUGAAGGGGAAGCGGGAGAGGGUGGUGGAGAAGGGGAGGGAGGGGAGGAGGGUGGGGAGAGAGGAAAGGUGUGGGAUGGAAAGGGUGGUGGGGAGGAGAGGGAAGAAGGGCGGGUGGAAAGGUGGUUGAGAGAGGAGGACGGGGGAGGGGAAGGGGAAGAGGAGGAGGCUGAGGCGGGAGAGGAGGAGGAAAAGGAGGAGGAGGAGGGGGAGGGGGAGCAUGGCGAGCAAAGAAGAGCAGGGUCAGAGCAGGGUUGGGAUGAGACGCCUCUCACAAAGAGGUCUCUUACCGGGGGAACGCGUAGAGAGGAGUGGGGGUAUGUGUAUGAGGGUAUGGGGAAGGGGACCAGCGUGGAUGGUGCGCCCAUAGGAGGAGGGGGCUUGAGAGGCAGCUUGAAAGAGAGCUUGAAAGAGAGCCUGAAAGAGGGCUUGAAAGAGGGCUUGAAAGAGGGCUUGAAAGGAGGCUUGAAAACGAGGCCUCGAGCGAGGAGUGUGGAGGAGAACGUGGGGAAUGCAGGGUUGGCGGGCGAGAGGUUAGGGAAUGGGGAUGUGGAGGAGAGCUCACGGCAGGGGGGUAGCUUUCAGGGCAGGAGGCGGAACGCUGCAAAAGCGUCUGCAGCUGCUGCUGCUGCUAGAGCUGUUGAGGCGGCAGCAGAGGGAAGGGAAGGGGAAGGAACAGAGGGGAGGAAAGAAAGGGCUGAAGUCUUGAAUAAGAGGAUCAUUUCUAACAAUCAACAGCAGAGUGUAAAGGGUGGAAACCCCCCUCAGAAAUUAUCCAGCCAAGGAGGAGAGCACCAGAAAGGGGACACCCAGGGCACGGCUGAAGCCACAGCCACGGGUGGUGAUAAUAAAAAUUCUAACAGCACUGUCGUUCCGGGCGGCAGUGCACUCGUUCCGGGCGGCAAUAUUAUCCCUGAAACCGAACCUCCGGCCGGCGGCGCUCCAGCGACCGAGCUUCUAAGCGAGCCGGCCGCGCUGGCGCUGUCAGCAGCAAUAGCAGAGCGCCACGUGGUGCUGGUUGCUGAGCUGGAGCGCACAGCAAAGCACUCGGACGUGCUGGGGGAGGAGCUGCGGUUUGCGGUUACCGGGUUGAUGCGGCUGGGGGAGCUGGAGUUAGCGCAUCAGCUGCUGCUGGGCGCGUAUGGGGAGAGGAUACGGCGGAGUGCCCGGUCGCUGCAUCGCUCCGCCACUGGGUUUGGCGGGUCGUACACUGCUGCUCUGUCUCAGAUUGUCUUUUCCGCCAUAGCCCAGGCCACAGCCGACUCAGCCAUAAUCUUCGCCGACCAACCAGCCUGCUCCGCGGAUCUCCUCCUGUGGGCACGUCGCGAGGUCACCUUCGCCUUCUCCCUCCUCCGCCGCAACAUCCUCUGCUCUGCCGCCUCCCCUGGCGGCCUCCACGCCGCCUCCGAGUGUGUCUGCAUCUCCCUCGGCCACGCGCGCUUACUCGAACCUCAGGGGAUCUGCCUGGCGCCCAUGCUAGGCGAGCUCAUGCGGCCCAGUGUGAUGGAUGCGCUAGAGUUUAACAUUCUGAGGAUCGAGGAUGCGGUGGUGUCGGUCGCAACAACCGAUGAGUGGCGGUUGGAAGCGGUUGACUUGGGUGCUCCGGCGCUGAUGAGAUUGAGGGGGUGGGGCGGCGUGCUGGGGCUAGGCGGGUUGAGGAUUAGGCUGACGCCGAGUGCUCAGCGGUUCUACCUGCUACUCGUGGACCUGGUCGAGGAUAUACUCCCUGUAAUCAGCCUCCAUUUAUUGGAUAAGGUUCUUGAUGCCAUCGCAACGCAGUUCGAGUGUUUCGCUAGCCUCAUGGAGCUGGCGCUACCUGAGAUUCCACCUGACGCCACCCUGCCCCCGGCACCUGGUUCUGUUGGUGCUCGGGCACAGAGACGGAGGCGAGAAAGGGCGCAGCAGUUGGUGGAGGGGGGAGGGGACGAGGGGUGGAAAGGAGGGGGAGUAAGAGGGCACAAGGGAGGGGUGAGUGGGAGUGUGGAGGGUGUGACUGUGUCAGAUAGGAUGGAAGGAGAUGUGAUGGGAGGGGAAGAGGGAGGGGACACAACGGAGGAGAGAGGGCAGAGAGGAAGGGAUGCAGGGGAGGGGAAGGGACAGGCAGAGGGGGAGGAGGAGGAGUGGGAAGAGGUGUCCAUAUCACGGAACAACAGUCAGCAGAGACUGUCAAAUGGUGACAGUGCUAACGCUGCUGCUGCUGCAGCCGCUGCUGGCGCUUUAGGUACUGCUGCUGCUCUUGCUGCUGGUGAUCAAGAUGUUGACACAAUCGACCACAGUAACCCGCUGCUGGACCCUCCAGCAAACAGCUGGCACGUGUACCAUGUUCAGGAGGCAGAGACAGAGGCGCAGCAGCUGGCUGUGCUGGGGAAUGUAGCUGCUCUGGCCGAUGAGCUGCUUCCCAGGCUUGCAGUGAGGCUGACUAUAGCGGAUAUAGAGGAUGAGGAAGGGCUGGGGUAUUUGGGGGAGGAUGAGGAGGAGGAGGAGGAGGGCUCCACCCCUCCUUGUCGCACAUACAUUCGCCCACCCUCCCUCGUCCCCCCAUGUGCGCGCAGCAACGGGGCGAAGCACAAGGUGUGGAGGGCGCGCAUUCAGAGAGCCUCGCGGCGAAUUCGGGAGAUCUUCUGUGCGUCGCUGUGGGGCGGGUUUGUGUUCAGCGAGAGUGGGGAGCGCGUGCUGUGUGCAGACGAGUACGUGGGCAUGGAUGCAUGCACCAAGCUGCAGCAGUGGAUGAUGCACCCCCUGCCAUCGCCGCCCUUCCAGGCUUUAUUCCUCACAGUGAAUGCCGUGCAAUCAAGCCUAGAGCGGGUGCUGAGGGGGCAGGAAGGCAUGCACAGGAGGCUGCUGAGACGAGUCAUGGAGUGGCUGCUAUCGGGUCUGCUUAUAGAGAGUACAAUGUGGGAAGACAUUCAGGCCGCUGACCCACCCCUUGGGCCCAUUGGCCUGCACCAGCUGCUCACAGCAGCAAGACCAGUUCCUCUGUUUCAACCCCCCCGCACCCCUACUCCCUUCCAGCUCGUGUUUGACAUGUAUUUCGUGGUGCAAGCAGCGCACAGCGGCAAGACCUCCUCUCCGCUCAUCCGGGGGUUGGCAGAAGAUGCCGCCACACGGGCGAUUGUGGCUUACAGUGCACGCACAGGGGAGGACCCCAAAAGGCUAGUGGAGGAGGACUGGUGGUAUCAGCACAAGUGCCAGACGGUAGUAGAAGAGCUCAAAGAAGCAGCAAGCCAGCCCACCAGCCCCACUGCAGCAUCAACCUCCACCACCACUCCCUCAACGUUUGUCUCCGACUCGCCGUUUUCGUGGCUUCACAGCAACAGCAUCAAGGGCAAUGGGGACGGUGACAGGGGCGCGGGGAUGCCAGAGCUCAAGGUAAUCAAGCGGUCGGUCGUUUCGUUUUCCGGCAUGAGGGCUGCGCCUCCGCCCAUUAGAGACGCCCGUAGCUACACCACAUUGUGA